CCGCCGCCACCGCCGCCGCCGCCGCUGCCGCCGCCACCACCACCACCCGGAGUCUGCCUGCUGCCGGGACACACUAGCCCACCCUCCAUGGAGUUCGGGCUGCUCAGCGAGGCCGAGGCUCGGAGCCCUGCGCUGUCUCUGUCAGAUGCAGGCACUCCACACCCUCCUCUCCCGGAACAUGGCUGCAAAGGCCAGGAGCACAGUGACUCGGAGAAGGCCUCGGCCUCACUGCCGGGGGGUUCCCCCGAGGACGGCUCUCUGAAGAAGAAGCAGCGGCGGCAGCGCACGCACUUCACCAGCCAGCAACUGCAGGAGCUGGAGGCCACCUUCCAGAGGAAUCGCUACCCCGACAUGAGCACGCGCGAAGAGAUCGCGGUGUGGACCAACCUCACCGAGGCCCGCGUGCGGGUGUGGUUCAAAAACAGACGCGCCAAGUGGCGGAAGCGGGAGCGCAGCCAGCAGGCGGAGCUGUGCAAGGGUGGCUUCGCAGCCCCGCUCGGGGGCCUGGUGCCGCCCUACGAGGAGGUGUACCCCGGCUACUCGUAUGGCAACUGGCCGCCCAAAGCGCUCGCCCCGCCGCUCGCCGCCAAGACCUUCCCGUUCGCCUUCAACUCGGUCAACGUGGGGCCUCUGGCUUCGCAGCCGGUAUUCUCACCACCCAGCUCCAUCGCCGCCUCCAUGGUGCCCUCGGCCGCCGCUGCUCCGGGCACCGUACCAGGUCCCGGAGCCUUGCAGGGCCUGGGCGGGGCACCCCCCGGGCUGGCUCCAGCCGCCGUGUCCUCCGGGGCAGUGUCCUGCCCUUACGCCUCGGCAGCCGCAGCCGCCGCUGCAGCCGCCUCCUCCCCCUACGUAUACCGGGACCCGUGUAACUCGAGCCUGGCUAGCCUGCGGCUCAAAGCCAAACAGCACGCCUCCUUCAGCUACCCCGCCGUGCCCGGGCCGCCUCCGGCCGCCAACCUCAGCCCUUGCCAGUACGCCGUGGAACGGCCAGUGUGAGCCGCAGGUCUGUGGAUCAUCCCCGAGGGCGGGGCAGGAAUUCACAGCCUCCCCGGACAAGGGUCGCCUAGACUGGCUUGCCCUCGUCCCAAGGUCUGAAAGGGGUGCUUGGGCACCCGGGGAGGGGCGGCAGGCUCCGAAGGGGGCCUUUCCCUUCACCGCCCCGAGGGGUGGUCUGGCCCCUAAACGGAGACCGCGCCCCUGGGACUAAGGCCAGGAAUAGGGACCAGCUCCCCCAGGGCCAAUUCACCCUUGGCCCAUCCCGCCUUCUCCAGACUUCCCCUAUCCCGUUUUCAAAGAUCACUGAAAUAAACGUGCACGGACUGUCAAAGGCCUGAUGAUUCAGACUCGCGGUUGAGCCCUCCUUCCUCUCAUCCUUCCCAUUGUCCAAGAGGACAGCUGGAUGUACAGGAACGGAGUGAGCCUCCGGGCUUGGGAGGCUUCAGUCUCACUCCUUUCCUCCAGGAUGGGGAAGCAGGGAUUCCUGGAGUCAAGGAAAGUGAAGCUUGGUGAGACCAGCUAGUUGACAGGGAUCGUCCUAUGCUGGUGCUGCGACGCCACCUCGUGGUCUCAGGGAGGACAGCUGGCAGGUCUGGUCUCUACCGCUUAACUUUCAGGAAUCUAUUUUGCAAUUUAGGAAGCCUAUGAUUUUAGCACUUGUUUCUCACUG